AUGUUAAAAUCUCUGACAGUAAAAUGCAACAAAGUGAAGCCCAUGGAAGAGAGGACCGAGAAGCAACCCUGCCCCCACCUGAGCAGUGGGUCUCAGCCAUCCAUAGCACAGGGAGAAAACCAAAGGGAAAACGAAUCUCUGACGAGCAGGACACCAGCCACAGUUGAAAAAUCACACAGCAAAGAAGACAACAGCACUGGGGAGAACUCCCUCAGGGGUUUCACCACAAAUCCUGACCCUGAAUGUCCCGCAGAACUCACCGGAACAAUAUCGGAGAUGGAGCAAACUAGGACUAGGAAAGAAAAGCCAGCCAGCAUUAAGACCAAAGUGCUUGAAACUUCAAUUAUAAAUGAAUAUACUGAUGCCCAUCUACACAACCUAGUGGAGAGAAUGCGUGAAAGGACUGCCUUCUACAAGAGAACAUUGACAGAGGGAGAGAACUCCCCCGAAUUAGAAGCCAGCUCUCAGACUGCAACGUCUACAGAUAUAUCACCAAGACAAGAGAACAAUUCUAAGCCAAAAGAACACCACCACAAACUCCAGAGAGUACCUGUAAAAGAGUACCUAAGAAGAAUGAGACUUCCGAGAAGCAUAGAUUCCUACACAGAUCGGAUUUAUCUCCUGUGGCUCCUGCUUGUCACCAUUGCCUACAACUGGAACUGUUGGCUGCUACCAGUACGCCUUGUCUUUCCAUGCCAAACACCAGACAACAGGAACUACUGGAUCAUUACUGACAUCAUAUGUGAUAUCAUCUACCUUGGUGAUAUAUUAUUGAUCCAGCCAAGACUCCAGUUCGUAAGAGGAGGAGAAAUUAUCGUAGAUUCAAAUGAGCUGAAGAGGCACUACAGGAGUUCUACAAAAUUCCAGAUGGAUGUGGCAUCUCUACUGCCAUUUGAAGUUCUCUACAUCUUCUUUGGAGUCAAUCCAAUAUUCAGAACAAAUCGGAUAUUAAAGUACACUUCAUUCUUUGAGUUUAACCAUCACCUGGAGUCUAUAAUGGACAAAGCAUAUGUCUACAGGAUUAUCCGAACAACUGGCUACUUGCUGUUUCUUCUGCACAUUAACGCCUGUGUUUAUUACUGGGCUUCAGACUAUGAAGGAAUUGGCUCAACUAAAUGGGUCUAUAAUGGGGAAGGAAACAAGUAUCUGCGAUGUUUUUAUUGGGCAGUUCGAACUUUAAUUACAAUUGGGGGCCUUCCAGAGCCACAGACUUCGUUUGAAAUUGUUUUUCAACUCUUGAAUUUCUUUUCGGGAGUUUUUGUGUUCUCCAGCUUAAUUGGUCAGAUGCGUGAUGUAAUUGGGGCAGCAACAGCCAAUCAGAACAACUUCCACGUCUGCAUGGACCAUAUCAUUGCCUACAUGAACAAAUACUCCAUUCCUCAGAGUACGCAGCAUCGAGUUCGGACUUGGCUGGAAUAUACGUGGCAUUCUCAGAGAAUCCUAGAUGAGUCCAACUUGCUUGAGACCCUCCCGACAACAAUGCAGUUGUCUGUUGCCAUCGACAUAAACUUCAGUAUCAUCGACAAAGUGGAGCUGUUCAAGGGCUGUGACACCCAGAUGAUUUAUGACCUGCUGCUAAGAUUGAAAUCCACUAUUUAUUUACCUGGUGACUUUGUCUGCAAAAAGGGAGAAAUUGGAAAAGAAAUGUACAUCAUCAAGCAUGGAGAAGUCCAAGUUCUUGGAGGGCCUGAUGGUGCUCAAGUUCUGGUUACUCUGAAAGCUGGGGCAGUGUUUGGAGAAAUAAGCCUUCUGGCAAAAGGAGGAGGAAACCGCCGGACAGCGGAUGUGGUGGCCCAUGGGUUUGCCAAUCUUUUAACUCUGGACAAAAAGACUCUCCAGGAAAUUCUGCUGCAUUAUCCAUCUUCUAAAAAGCUCCUCAUGAAGAAAGCCAAAGUUCUUUUAAGCCAGAAGGGAAAGAACACACAGGCAAUCCCUCCGAGAACAAGAUCUGCCUUUCUUUUCCCACCAAAAGAAGAGACACCGCGAAUGCUUAAAGUCCUCCUGGGAAACACAGGAAAGGUGGACCUUGGAAGACUCCUUAAGGGAAAGAGGAAACAAACCACUCAGAAAUAAAGGUGAAAGCUCCAAAGGAAGAAAAAGAAGAAGAAGAGAAUAUGAAGAUAAAGGAACAGAGCCAGCAGAAAGAUAAAAACCAUUGGACAGGUCAAAAGGCACAAUAAGUUUUAUUACAGUGGAGGAAAUUCCCCAGUCUAUUAAAAAGGCAGUUUUUCCCAAGCGACCUGCCUAUCAAUCAUUCUUCAGCAACAUAGCUCCUGCUGCUGAGACUCGGAGAGAGAUUCUGAGUAUCAAAGUCAAAGAAAGGCUAAGCAAUAAGUGAUUGUCUUUUAAAUGUAAUCUAGCUUAUUCCCAAAGAGAUUCCCGGAAAUUGUAGCUUAAAUUAAUAAGGGAAACUAACCUCGCUGGGACCCUGGGAAACUCCAGGCAAAUCCUUAGCUUCACUUCCAGGACUUUGAAUUCAUCAAUAAGAUUAUUAAAAACCAUCCUCUUACCCACUGUCAGCAGAUUUGAGCAAUUGCUAUUUCUUUUAAAUGUCUGCAGUAGAUAAUUUUUUUCUUCUUUCCUGAUGAAUUUCCAUGGUCCACCUUCGUAAACUUGAUUUUAUGCUCCUGUGAUUUACUGUCCUUUCUGCUUACAAUUUUGUGGUACAUAAUCUCUGGCAAAACACUUUGGUCAAAUGUCCAAAGUAGACUCAUCUGUCCAAGGUAGACUCAUCUUACUUCUUGUGUAUAGUGAAAGUGUGAAUUUUUUAAUAAAAUAGGUCAUAAAUCAAGUGGUUUCUAUUUAAAUAAGAAAGUUGAGUCACUAAAUCCAGCACCUGAUGUUGACACAGGCUGACGUCAUGGAUGAAACCUCCUGAAUGAGAACUCUGAUUUUCACUCAAGGCCAAUGCCAGUUAGCAAGAUUAGCUAGCAUGCAGACAAAAGACCGAAUCAAAAACAAAGUUCCCUCACUAACAACUGUGCCCCCAGCUUCUUGGAGCCUCACCCCUGUGACAUGCAACAUCUUACCGGAACCUUUCGAGCUUCACUCUGCCAACUGAUGAUUUCCUUUUCAAUCAUCCCACUGC